GAAUAAACCACUGUUGAUAUUGAAAAGGCAUGCACAAUGUCCACUUUUGUGUGCCAGAAGUGUGAGGAACAGUGCAACAGUUUGCCCUCAGUCUAGAUAUGAAUGGGAGCCCUCAUCACAAAGUUUCAUCCAGACUGGGCCCGUGAUGUAACAUCUUGCAGUGCAAUGGGUACUCAGACACUGAACUAGAACCAGAGCAUAGCUGUUGAAUAAAAUAUUCAAUCCCAUUGUAUGGGGCCAUGUAUGUUCUCAAAGGCCACUAUUAUUACAUUGCAACAAAAGAAAAGUGCUGUGGAAGAUGGGCUUACAAUGUGGUUCUACAACAAGGACUUUACAUUAACAGCAUGCUCCAUGUAAGGUCCUGUCCCAUAACCUGUGUACCGUCCUGUGUAUCCCUCAUGAUCCUGUGGCUCUGGAGGAACACUUCAGGGAUGAUGAUGAUGGUCCAGUCUCCAGCCAGGGCUACAUGCCUUACCUUAACAAAUAUAUCCUGGACAAGGUAGAAGAGGGUUGUUUUAAGAAGGAGAAUGUUGACGAGCUUUGCUGGACUCUCACUGCAAAGAAGAACUACCGUCCAGACAGGAGCAGCAGCAGUGUGCUGCCAGAGAAAGAUGCAUUCCGUCUCUGGUGUCUCUUCAACUUCUUGUCUGAAGACAAGUACCCGCUGGUUAUGGUGCCCGAUGAAGUGGAAUACCUACUGAAGAAGACAUGCAUGGCCAUGAGCAUUGAUCUCAACUGUGUGGAGCUGGAAGACUUCAUCACCCAGGAGUCAGUGCAGCAGAGUGGCUUCACUGUUUGGGUUUUUCUGGAGAUGAUGAAUUCUGGGAAGAUAACCAGAGCUGUAGACAAGGAAAUAACCAGCAUGGCUAUUGAAGAGGUCUACCGGGAAAUAGUUGGCGAUGUCCUCAAAGAGGGCUACCUGUGGAAGAAGGGCCAACUAAGGAGGAACUGGAAGGAGCGUUGGUUCACCCUGUGGCCCAGUCACCUGGCCUACUACACCGGGGAGGAUCGCAAGGACUGUCAGGGCAACAUAGCCCUGGACGCAAACUGCUGCGUGGAGGUACACGCAGGACAAGUGCUGCCAGACCGAGAUGGGAAGAGGUGUAUGUUUUGUUUGAAAACCCUCUCCAAGAGCUACGAGAUGAGCGCCUCCGACACCAAGCAGAGGCAGGAGUGGACGGCAGCCAUUCAGACGGCCAUCCGGCUCCAAGUGGAGGGCAAGUCUUCGCUCCACAAGGACCUGAAGAUGAAGCGUCGGGAGCAGAGGGAGCAGCGGGAGAAGCGUCUGCUGGCCAAGGAGGAGGAGGGUGAGCGUCUGCGCGCCCUGCAGGAGGAGCGCGAGCACAAGCUGGCCGAGCUGGAGCUGCUGAAGGAGGCCCAGCGGCAGGCGCAGGCCCUGCUGGAGCAGGACGAGCAGAGGAGACGCCAGCAGCACCAGCAGCUGCAGCAGGCCCUGGAGGUGCAGCUCCGCGAGGCUGAGGAGGCGCGGGCCAGCAUGCAGGUGGAGAUGGCUCUGAAGGAGGAGGAGGCGGAGAGGCAGAGGAAAAGGAUUCAGGAGCUGGAGGAGUUGCAGAAACGUCUGGAGGAGGCGUUGCAGCAGGAGAUCAAGGCCCGUCUCGACGAGGAGGCCCACCGCUACGCUCAGGCUGGUUUACUGGCAGAGGAGGAGGAUAAGAUGAAGGCCCUGAUGGCCCUCCAGGAGGAGCAGGAGGACUACAUCCUGAAGACCCAGAGGGAGAAGCAGGAGCUCAGGCAGGAGAUGGAGACCAAGUCCCGGGAUCUGGACGAGGCCCAAAGACAGCUGGAGGAGGUCCGCGCCAACCGGCACCGGGUGGACCAGGAUGUGGUGGCUGCCCAAAGGAAGCUUCGGCAAGCCAGCACCAAUGUCAAGCAUUGGAAUGUUCAAAUGAACAGGCUGAUGCGUCCCAUUGGACCAGGAGAGAAGAGGCCUUCAGGUGGGGGCUCCUUCUCCAGUUUCCAGAUCCCCUCACAGAGAGACCCCGGCCUGCGCCUCAGACAGAGGUCCGAUGACGAGAGCAAGGAGAACGUGGACAGCAGCGCCGCGUGCGAAGGGGAGCGCCGUCUUUCCCAGGCCUCAAACGGAGACAUGGAGACCUCGUGAGAACAUGACCCCAUGAGGAGAACAACACCAGUGGUGUGUUACUUUGGGGGGGGGGGG